AUGUCUGAUGAAACGGCGCAAAUAUCCAACACAACAGCGCAACAAUCAUAUUCAUCAGCAAAAACAUACUAUUUUACAAGAACUCAAAAAGGUUUAUUAUUCUCGGCAACAGCAAUUGGUAAUCUUAUUGGUACUUACCCAGUAAUUGUACUUGAAGAAAAGUUAUCAAUUCGGAAAUUAUUUACAUUAUUUGGAAUGAUAUCGGCAAUUUCCACUUCAUUAAUUCCUUGGCUUGCUAAUUUUGGAUUUGAAUUUCUUUUUGCUAUGCGAUUUUUGGAAGGAUUUGCUUAUGCAUCAGCUUAUCCAACACUUGGUACCAUCACGUCACAGUGGUCACUAUUAGCUGAUAGUGGAAUGUAUAUGUCACUGAUAAUGUGUCACUUGCAGAUUGGCCCAUUGUUUACAAUGCCUGUGUCGGGAGCCUUAUGUGUGUCAUCAUUUGGCUGGCCAGCAACAUACUAUAUUCAUGGUGCACUUACAUUAGUUAUCAUAAUUAUAUUUUAUAUUGUUUAUCGAGAUUCACCAAAAAUUCAUAAAAAUGUAAGUUCAAAAGAAUUGUCAAAAAUUGAAUUUGGUAAAGAGGUGACAUAUGCGAAGAGGAUGCCCAAGGUACCACACAGUGCAAUCAUUCGUGAUAUUUCCAUUUGGGGUGUUUGGAUUGCGAGUAUUGGUGGUACCUUAGGUUUUCAAAUAUUUUUCCAGUACGGACCGGUGUAUCUUAAUGAAGUAUUAAAUUUUACCGUAGAAAAAGCUGGUUUAGCAUCAGCAUUACCAAUGAUAUUUUCAAUUAUUGUUAAAGUUCUUGCUGGUCCAUUAAGUGAUCAUGCUGCUUGUUGUGGUGAAAAAGCUCGAGUAAUGUUAUUUACUUUUAUUUCACAAGGUUUCAUGAUAGGAUGCUUCAUAUUCUUAGCAUUGAUACCAACAAAUUCAGCUAGUUUAGGUCAAAUAGCUUACACAGCAGCGAUCGCAUUUAGUGGAUUAAAUUGUGUUGGCGUAAUUAAAAGUGCACAAUUGGUUGCUCGCCAACAUACACAUUUUGUCUUAUCAAUUUUAUCAAUUAUCAGUUGUUUGAUAAUUUUAAUUAUUCCACUAUUUGUAUCGCUUGUUGCACCAGACAAUACCAAUGAACAAUGGUCAAAAAUUUUUUAUGUAAUUAUUGUUCUAAUGAUUGUAUGCAAUGGUUUCUUCUUCAUUGUCGGCAAAGCAUCACCAGCACAAUGGACUAAAGUAAACAAUCAACAGGUGUACACAAUUAAUCAACCUGAAAUGAUCAGUGCUGUAAUAACGGAGUGA